AUGGCUUCGUUAGACAAUUCAAUGAAAAUCACAGAAGUCAAUUCAGAUCAUACCCAAUGUCUAAAUAUAAAUUGUGCAAUCAGUGCUUGCUGCAAGCAUUUGAAUUUUUUGUGUUCAAUUUAUAUGAUGUACGCUACAAACAGAACAAGGAGGUGAUUGAACAAAUUAUAUUAUUUUUACUUUAUAAACAAAGUAAAAAAGACUGACAUAUUUCGUAUGAUAGGUGCAAAAUCACUGUUGUUGGUAAGAAGUUAGGAAGAUAGGAUAUAGAGGGGAAAUUAAUUUAUAUCUGUAAGCAAUAAUAAACCAUUGUCUCCUAAAAACGAUUCUGAGCAGAGUUUAGUUGAUAGUGAUACACUGUCAACAAUAAAUAUGUCAUAUUAUGGUAAAAUAAUAAAGUAGUCAUUAUAAUUUUUUUUAAUUCUAUUUGUUGAAUAUUUUACUGAUUUUUUCAGUUUUUCCAUAUUUUUUUCUAAUUUUCUGGAAAAACUCUUGGAAAAAUCGAAAAAUGACCUAAAAAGUACAUUAGAGUAUUCACAUAAAAAAAAAAAAUUAAACAUCUUUCUACAGUAACAUUAUGUAACAUAUACAGUAUACAUUAACAUCUAUACUCAGAAUCUAAAAAAUUGAUAUAUAACAAGAUUUUAGAUUCCCAACAAUUUUUCUAUAAUAUGUAAAAAUUAAUAACAAAUGACGAUUCAUUGACUUUAUUUUUGCUUAUUUAUGAAUUAUACUCCAAAUACUAAUCUACUCAAAAUCGUUCUUUCGUUUUAAAUAAUUUUUCUGUUACAUACAGUACGAAAACUAAAUUACUCUACAUAUUCUAUCUUCCUAACUGUUCACCUAAAACAGUGAUAUCCAUAUAGGCAUAGCUGCGCAACUAUACUACUAAUUUUGGUAGUACUCUGAUAGGUUUUCUGCAGAUAACAUUGUUAGAAUACUUGAAAAUUUCCAGGUUUAUUAUAAGCCGUACAAACUUGAGUAGUCAAAAAUGGACAAAAGUAAAAACUUAAAAAUAAUUACAAAAUUGUUAGACUAAACAGAAAUGCUUAAAAAUUGAACAGGUUUAUGAGAAGUCAUACUUGGUGAUCAGACAAAAAAAUAGUAUUUUUUUUUUUUUUUAUGAAUAAGAAUUUUAAUAUCAAGUUUGAUAAAAAUCGUUUUCUUUUAGAUGGUGCAACAAUAAAAACAAAAUAUCCAAAAUAUAUUUAUUCCCUUUAACUCGCACACAGCCUAAUUUAAGUCUUAAACAUUGUCAAUCCAAUGUAAUUGUAAGCACAAGUAAUUAUUUAUAAAUUAUUUAUUUUAGGUUUGUUCAAGGUGUGUUCAAAAAUGUGUAAAACAUCUCGACGUUAAACGACAUAAAGAACUAAAGUCUUUUAAAAACUGAAUUUCCAUCAAAUUUUCACUCGAAACAAAUUAAACUGAACUCGUAUGAAGACGAUAGUGGUCUAAGACUAUCGUCUUCGUACAAGUUCAAUUUGAAUUCUCUUAGUGGAUGAAAACGCUGGCCAAAAAUCAAUUGUUGAAAUAUGUGAAGUUUAUAGAUAAUUUAUCUGCAGGUGAAAAAAUUAGACCAAUAAUAUGUGUCUAUAAUGUCAAUAAUAAAAUAUUCUAUUCGAUGGAGUAAGUAACUGCUAGACAAGCAAUGCCAGAAGUCAAUAUAAAUUUAGAAAAUGGUUCUUGCGAUCGCAUAGAAAACUUUUCGAAAGAAUCCAUAUGUGCUUGUUGGAAGGUUACUAUUGAAGGUUAAAAAUGUAACCCAAUCUUGAAAAGUUCCAAAUAUGGGUUAUUACUAUAGGCAAGAACCCAAACAGGCAUUUACGCACGCUAUAAGACUUGCAAGUGUCUCAACUAGUGUUUGAAUUAUGUUGUACAACAAACCUUGUCACAGAAGUUGCAACUUUUCGAUUUAAACUAUAUUAAAAUCGUUGAAAAUAUCAUAGAAGAUUAUGAAAGUGAAUCAAUCCCAAGAAGUUUUUUUUUUCAUACAACAGUAUUUGUCGUGAUGAACUUGAUGAAAGUGUAACGACUUGUGAAUUCUGCAAUGACAAAUAUCAAGGUAUGUCUGAAUUUUAGAAGACAUAUUACCCUCAUUUACAUUUUGAGUAAAACUAAAAUACCAACAUAGAAAAUAAGUUUUUGGCGUUUAGUUUGAACACAGAUAAACAAAUUUAAAAAGUACUUUUUUAAGAAUUUCAUGAGUUUCUUUUUCUAUAAUAUCAAACAACAAAAUCAACUAUUUAGGUUUUGCUUAUUUAUAUAUAUAACUUUUCUUGUUUAACAAUAUUUUAGAAAAGAAAAAACCUACUGGAUAACCUUAAAAAUAUUUACUUUAAAAUUUAACAAUUAACCUUUUAAUGAAUAUAUUUGUGUUUUUAGUAUUUGUACAUAAUUUUAAUUUUUCAGAAUACGUCUGUCAAACUAACAGGUCACAUUGCAAAAUUGUUAUUGCAAUUUUUAAAAAAAAAAAAAUACUUGCCUAGGAAAUUUCUCUUUAAAUUUUGUUAAGUGUGUUAAGCACUAAUUUCAGCUUAAAUUCCGCAAUUUAUGUUCCAACUACUGUAAUCUUGCUAUGUCUCACACGUGUCCAAUUAACUAUAUCUAUAAAUAUAUAAUAUGUUAUUGGUAGUAUUGCAAAUAAUGUAAAUCUUAUAUAUUCCAUUAAAUUAAAAAAUGAUAUUUUAUAGCGAUUUCAAAUAUUUAUAUUUUUAUUUUUUCUUUUUUUUUUUUUAGUAAAAAAUUUUAAACUAACUAGGGAAAUAAACUGUAUUAUGCGAUACAGUUGGUUUUCACACGGAUUAGUAGAAUUUAUAACGGCUAUUAGAAACUAGAUAUAAAUGUGUGUUAUAUUUACAUUUUCAGAAAAAUAAACUCUACAGAUAGGUCAUCUAUGAAAACAAUAAUUUUAACAUUUGAUGUAUUUAUUAUAAAAAAAAAAUUGCAAAUUUAUCCUCUUUUCUAUAUUACUAAUUAUCUAUUCAAAUAUGAAUGCAUGAUACAAUACAAUUUUUAAAAUAAUAUAUUCAAUAAAUGGCUAUAUUAGAAAUUAUUAAAAGGAAAAUUAAUGUUAUUUUUUCUAUGAUUAAAAGGAAGAAAAUAAACAUUUAUUCUUCUGAUUUCCUGUGAUUGUAUAUUUAAAAUAAAUAUAUAGUACCUGCAUAGUGUAUCCAAUUAUUGUUCUUUUAUACUCGGGAGGACUGAGAAAGCGCAAGUCUGCAAUGAACAAAACGCGUCGUAGUCCAUGCAUCUCCCAUAAAUGAUGGUUCUUAGCAGUCUGCUUGGUGGGAGAAAUUAGAAAUCAACACUGGAGCACUUUCAUUUGGUGGAUGCACAGACAAAUUGUGCUCAGCGUCCAGAGUAUAGCUUUUAUCCUUCAUUUAAUGAUAUUCUUUGCUAUUGUAUUAUGUUAAUUGUUAAGCAUUUUUUGAUUUGACCACCAUAAUCACAUCCCCAUUAUUUCUAUUACCUUUGUGCCUAGGUUUUAGGAGUCCUGUUUAGUGUCUCUCUCUUUCUCUGUAUAGUAUCUAUAUACUAUAUUCUAAAUACAAAUUUUAACAAAAACUUCCCAUUCUCCAUAAAUAUUAAAAUUUACCAUUUUAUGAUUAAACAUUAUCUUAUAUUAUUAGGUUUAUUAAUUUAUUUAUUUUUUUUAUUUGUAUAUAAAAAGGUAAUCGUGCGAACAAACCAACCAAAGCUCAGAACAGAACUUACAUGGAAUUACUGUCAUAA